AUGCCUCUCAUUCCAGCGCGCAAAGCUGUUGCCUUCUCCAUCAAGGCCGGCCAGGACCUGAAAAUCAUCAACACGCAUGGAAAGCAGGUCCUCGACUUCUGGGCGUUCAACCCUAGCAAUCCCUAUGAUUUCUCGUCGAUGGUCCACACGAGGACUGUCAACCUCAGCGUUGCCCUCGCUAGGGGCGAUAAGCUGUACAGCACGCGCAGAAAACCCAUCUUGACUCUUGUUGAAGACACAACCCGUGGGACGCACGACAUGAUCUGGUCGGCAUGCGAUGCAGAGAGGUACUGCAUGCAGGGCUUUGACGGCUACCACGACAACUGCACCGACAACAUGCACAAGGCCCUUAAAGACAAUUUCCCCAGUUUCCACAUCGCAGACGACUGGGUCCCAGACCCGCUCAACAUCUUCAUGAACGUCGCCAUCGACCACCAUGGCGGCCUCGACAUCAGGGUGCCCACCAGCGACAAGGGCCAGUAUGUCGUAUUCCGCGCUGAAAAGGACCUGAUCGUCGUCAUGAGCUCUUGCCCGCAGGACAUGGCGCCUGUCAACGGCGGAAUGCCCACAGAUUGCGAGUACCAAAUCCUCGAUAGCGACUCGCCCGCCCCGACGGCAUCCACGUUCGCGGCAUCGGUUGUCCCUCCUAAGGCUCGCAAUGUCAAGAUCGCACUCUCUAUCGACUUUGACGCAGUCUCACACUGGCUGGGCACGGGCUGCCACAAAGACAACAAUAUGGCGGACUAUAGUUCUGGCAUCUUCGCCGGCCAGGUCGGCGUCUACCGCCUGAUCGACAUGUUCAAGAAGAACCAGGUCGCCGACAAGGUGACAUGGUUCAUCCCCGGCCAUACUGCCGAGACCUUCCCCGAGGCCGCCAGAGCUGUCGUCGCGUCCGGCGCCGAGAUUGGGCUCCACGGCUAUGCACACGAGGGCAUCUACCAGAUGAGCGAGGAGCAGGAACGAGAUGUCCUGCUGAAGUGCAUCGACGUCGCCACGAAGCUCGUCGGCAAAAAGCCCCGCGGCUACCGAGCGCCCAUGUAUACCAUCCGCGAGACGACCGUCGAGCUCCUCCGUCAGCACGAGUUCCUCUACGACUCGUCCCUGAUGCACCACGACUCGCAGCCCUACUUCACUCCGGCCGACCCGCCCAUCAGAAUGUGUGAUUUUUCUCAGCCGGCCGAGUCGUGGCUCAAGCCCUCCCCAAUCGCGUCGCAGGCAUACCCAGCCGACGACAAACACCCGCUCGUCGAGCUGCCCUGCGGCUGGUACAACGAGGACAUGAUGCCUAUGAUGUACCUGCCCCACCUGUCCAAUAGCAUGGGCUACGUGUCGACGCGAGUGGUGGAACAAAUGUGGAAAGACAAGUUCCUGUGGCUGUGGGAGACGAACACCAAGGAAGGGUGCGAGGCGGCCGAUUUCAUCUUCCCCCUACUGGUGCACCCUGAUGUGAGUGGAUUGGCGCACAUCAUCGGAAUGAUCGAUCGAUUCAUCGGCUGGCUUAGGGGCUUUGGGAAUGCGGUUCAGUUUUGCACCUGCGAGACAAUUGCAGCUGAGUGGCUGGCUGUGCAAAGGAAGGCUGUGGGCAAGGGUUAA